AUGGCCUCAACAACGGAUGGGGUGGAACACUGCAGCCUUGCUUCAAGUCAAGACGCGCAAAAUCUUUUAAGCUCUUUUGAACGAAAUCUCCACGUUGCGUGGGAGGUGGGGAAGCGCCAUUUCCCCCCUGAGGAGCGCCAGACGCACGAUCCUGUCAUCUUGCAGUGCAUUGAAAAACUAAUUCUAGCACUGCAGACCACCCUGAAGGAUACGACGGAUGUUCCGACCGCUUGCAGACAGCUGCAACGCUUCUUUGAAGAUGAAGGGUUUCCACAGGAAGAAAAUGGCGAGCUGUCUAAUUUUCUUUUUGAAUAUCGCCAGAGCCGAGAGCUCAAUGGGUACUCUUACCACUUGCGCUCCUCCAUGCACCUGCCUUUGUUACCGCGCUACGAAGGUGAUAAGAAACUUGAAGAGGAGCACAUUCGGCCGCGUGUGGGGUACAUCGUCGUGCUACCCUCUCCCCACCCCAAUCCCAAUGUGAACACAAGCGUGCAGCUCAUUGAGCCGCGAAAGAAGCGAGCCCCUCUGGAUGAGUAUCGCAUAUUCUCACACCCCAAAAAGGCGUCUACCUACGGGGUGGAGGAUUUUCUUGUGGACGAAGAGCUGACGUACCGGGCGAUCAUCGUGCUUAGAUAUCACCUGGAUACCUUUGGCUCGCUUGUCGGCCUAUCCCCGUACGCCCGCUUCCUGCUGUGGAAUUUCCUCGGCUGCGACGACGAGGCAUUCGAGCGAAUUCACAACCGCCCGGCCACGACGCCCGAGGUGCAGGCGGAGCUCGCGAAUCUGCACCGAACCAUCGUGAUCAAACAGAGGAUUUUCGAGCAAACGCGCACCGCCGCUCGCGAGGCGGCGCUGCACAUCGGUUGGUGCGCCAUCAGCGCGCAGUGGCGCGAUCAAAUCCUCCACUCGCUUUCGGAGGUGAGCGAGGGGAAUUGGUACUCCCUCGGCGAGAUCCCCCGGCAAGGCGGCCGCGUGUUGUUUCCCAAUUUCUCGGGCAACGCACUCGUCUGCGAGCUCGCGAUGGGGAUCCUCGCGCGGAUGGCGGCCGUGUACGGCCGCGCUGCCCCACGGAAGGGCGCCCCCUCCACCGCCGUCGCCCAGCACGCGGUGAGGGCGGCGCUGCUGCCUUUUCUGAAGGGGGUCGCACCGCCGCCGGCGUCCGACGACGAGCUCGCGAGCUCCCUGCUUGGGCGCGGCUUGGGGGGUGGGAACGAGGCCGCCUGCCACGCCUGGAGGCGGCUUCAACGCGUCUUGGCGGCGCAUCCGACCGAGGGAAAGGCGUCGGAAGACUCAUCUAGCGUGGGCUGUGCGCACCGGCGUUAUGCCUUCAUUUGCUCCUCCAUGCUUUUCCCCCUUCAAUGCCUCGCGGAGCUGCUUGACCUGUGCUCGUUGGCCUACUUUGCGAAGGAUGGCAUUGCCGCUUUUUCAAGGAGUUUACUAAGCGCCCCCUGGACUUGUGAAGAGGAUUUGAUACGGUUUCUCAUUCAGACGGAGGCGAUGAAUCCAGGCAUCGCCCCGAUUGUAGCCCUACCUCGGCUUUAUCGAAGUAUGGUUUCGGGCAUUCAAAAGAUGCUACAAGAUAAGUUGCUGCUCUACGUCCUUGCCGUGCGACUUAAGGUUGAGAACUGUGCGACGGUACGCUUGAAUCGAAAGGACUAUUCCUACUGGAAGGCUUUGACUAGCAUGAGUAGUGAGGACGGCGAGGACUACUCGGAUAGUUUUUUGUUGUUGGAGGUGGAGGCGCUUGAAUCUGCGCCGCCUCUUGAAACGCUAGCCGCGCAUCGAUAUUAUACAGAGGCCUUUUUAGAAAGGCCUCCACGUGUUUGGGAUGAAGACUUGGAAGACUUUAUGAAGGAGGAGGAACUUUAUAAGAGGAUGCAUCUAGUGGAAUCUAACAACAACGAGUGA